AUGCUUGUAACUCCUCGACUAUAUUCGGCUUCACAAACGCGUGACCGGGCCCCUAUCUCCUUCACUCGUUCUACUUGGCCGAAGUUUUAUUCACUCUCCGGCUGGCAGCUAAACCCAACAGAUGCAAAAUUGGCGAGUGACAUGCUGCUGAUUCGGCAAACCGGAAGCGUACGGGUUGGCGAGGUUGUGAGAUAUACCCUGACAUAUACUCCGGCAGUCGAUGGCGUCCAACCUUCCCUAACUGCGCUUCAUGUCAAAGUAAAAAACACAUCGGCAAUUCCACUACGAGCGGCGUAUCUACACGGCCCAUACACACUCUAUGCCGCCUGUUACCCGUCUUCUUUCGAUCCGAAUAUAAAGUCUGAUCUGGUCGAUGCUGAUGUCGGCCCCCAGUUUGAACCCUAUCUCAAAGCCGGUGGGAUAUGGAACGCCAUCAUUCCUAUUACAAGAGAAACCUCGCAAGAUCGGGGCCAUGUUCCCACCUCCCAAUCGCACAAUCAGCAAAGCGUAACGUGGGUCAUCGAGAUUGUUUCCCAGGUCGUUUUUUCCAAUUCGGCAUCUGUAAAUUUCGAGGUUCUAGUUGGUCGCGAUGAAAGCUCGCUGGAGUCUUUGUCCUCAAGUGGACUCCUCGAAAGCCCCAAGGCUGCCAGCUUACUUGAUCACUGGCCCCCUGGUACCCGAGGCGAGCAAGUUCUUGCCACCAAAGGAGUAUUUUCUGACUCUGUUCAGCUGCUGGUAGAUGAUACCUCUAGUCUUUGGAACACACCCCGCCUUCCAGUCCUGAGCUGCGAGGAAGCGAAUAAGAAUAACAAAACAUCACGCACCGAAUUUACCGAGCCAGGUGCUUUAAAUCCAGGGAUAACUGACAAUUCCGCACCCGUUACACCCUCCAAACCGCGCAAAAAGAUCCAUCUCGUAGUGUUAACUCACGGGUUACAUAGCAAUCUCGGCGCAGAUAUGCUCUAUCUCAAAGAAAGCAUUGAUGCCGCAGUUCAACGAGCUAAAAAGCAGCACGCGCGCACAGACGAUCAGGCAGUAAGUAUGGCAUGUUCGCAAAGUUACAGUGCAAAAGAUAGUGACAAUUGUGACUGUGAAGAUGAGCAGGUAAUUGUUAGAGGGUUCCCAGGGAAUGCUGCUCGCACUGAGCGUGGUAUUCAAUACCUGGGGAAACGUCUUGCGAAAUAUGUUCUCCUGAUGACCUAUCCGGACCAGCCUCAUCUGCCUCGUAAAAAGGUAAAGGCUAGAACGUUUACUGGUCCUUUUACUUCCUGGAAAGGAACGGCAGGGGAGCCAUCUACUACGUCCGAUGCUUUCUCCCAAACUUCGUCAAAUAUUCACCCAGAGCAAUUGAACUUGGAUGAGCACUAUGCCUACCAAAUAACGAGCAUCAGUUUCAUUGGCCAUUCUCUUGGGGGCCUCGUUCAAACAUACGCUAUUGCAUAUAUUCAAAAAUACUCCCCUGAAUUUUUUGACAAAAUAAGGCCAAUCAACUUUAUUGCCUUGGCAACUCCUUUCUUAGGCCUCAGUAACGAGAAUCCGAUGUACGUUAGGUUUGCUUUGGAUUUCGGCCUCGUUGGUCGUACUGGCCAGGAUUUGGGACUUAGCUGGACGGCACCUAGGGUACGAAGCGGGUGGGAGUCUAUAAUCGGCGGAAAAGGAGAACCAUCAAAAUCCCAGAGUCGCGCGGAUGCACGGGCAAAACCUUUGCUAAGAAUUCUUCCUUGUGGUCCUGCCCAUGAUGUGCUUUCCAAGUUCAAGCAUCGCACGGUAUACUCUAAUCUGGUCAACGAUGGCAUAGUUCCUUUGCGGACGUCGUGCCUUCUCUUUCUUGACUGGAAAGGGCUAGACAGAGUGGAAAAGGCGAGGAGAGAGAAUGGAAUUGUUGGGACUAUGGCUGAAUGGGGAUGGGCCGAAUUAACUGGUGCAAAUUCAAAGUCCCCCAAGACCUCUCGCCCAGCUACAGACUUUGAAGUGACAGAGACUACGGAAAGAGUUACAGGGCUUGUCGAGAGAGUUUCACUAACGGCGAUCUCGCAACAAGCUAUUGAUACAAACUCCCUGCCCUCUGAUUCAUUGGUUGACAAUGGGUCUUCCGACCAGGCUCAAUCCCCACUCGAGGGAAACCAUACUCCCACGAACACAGAAACACACGAGAAAAGCCCGCAAAUUCGGUCCAGCCCUCUUAGUGGUUUAUUUUCGAUGUUCAGAUUACGGCAGUCAGCUGGCUCUGGACAUAGGCAAGCCAAAAUUCUCAGGCGCAGCCAAACUCUUGCUACGGUAUCUCCCACAGGUAUAGAUCCACAGAAUGGUUUCCAUGACGGGGAUUGUGCCGAUGAUUAUGGAUUCCAACCACCUCCGAAGACGACAGUCUUUGAGUCGGCGAGUGAUCUCCUGAUGCCGCCCCUGCCGCCCACUGAAUUCAUUGUUGACCCUGCGUCACGACCCCGGACUAUUUUCCAUGAUCGGGUUUAUUAUCCCGAGGAUAUUCCUCCUCCAUUUACUAAACGACGGGCCUCGACCUUUAAUUCCUUUCAAGGUGGAAGCUCAACCGCACAUCCUAUCUCUACAGACGAACCUCUAGGUGAAUCUGGCCUCAAAGUUGAGGAGAAAAUUGCUAGGGCUUACCACCGGAAAUUAUCCUGGCGAAAGGUUCUCGUCCGGCUCGAACCUGAUGCACACAAUAAUAUUAUUGUUCGGCGAAUGUUUACCAACGCGUAUGGCUGGCCGGUUGUGAAACACCUUGUUGACACACAUUUUGGUUCGACGUCUCCAAUCAGCUCGGGAGAAGGCCCCGCGGGAUUUAUGGGGAGUAUUACCCCGCCGACUGCACUUGGGAGCAAUGAGGAUGUCCAGGGAGACGGCGGAAUCGUGAAAUCUUCCCCGUCUACCUGCAAUGGGGUCAUUUCUGACCAUCUCUAA